AUGCUCAUUGAGAGAAUUUGUGCUUUAGAACUCUUGCCAGUGAAGAUUGAAGAGUGUGAGGGUGAUCAGUGUUUGAAUCUUUUGUCGGAUUGUGUUUGGCGUCGGACGAGAAGACAAAAACAAGGAGAUGUAGAUGAUUACUCAUCGGAUUCUCUUCGUGUUUACAUUGAUGAUUUGGCUAAUCUCGAUGAAAUGAAGAAGAUCGUGCAAAAAGUGAACAAUAGAGAUGAAGAAGACGAUAGCCGCAAGACGAUCAAUAUUCCACUUCAAAAUAUAAUUGAUGAUUCACGAGUUCUUAGCGAAUUUCGCCAACACUCAUCAGAUAUUCUUGCAUUUCUCAGUCAACCGAAUGUACAAUCCUACUUGAAUCAAUAUGGCGAACAAGAUACCGGUCGAAAAUUACUUUCCAUCGCCGCUGAAACCGGCUGGUAUGAAGGUGUUGUUUUUCUCCUCAACAGACAUGUGAACAUCAACGAAACUGAUCGAGAAAAUCGAACAGCGCUAAUAGAUUGUCUUACAUCAGCAAAUGUCGAUAUUCUUCUUACACUUGUUCAAAAUCAUCAAUGUAAUUUGAAUGUGCAAACAUUAACAGGCCAUACUGCUGCUCACUAUACUGUUAUGAUGAAUAAAAUAUCAUUCUUCGACGUGUUAGUCAAGUCCGGUGCUCGUCUCGAUCUUCGUAAUGAUAAAGGUGAAAAUGUUCUACACCACAUCAUCGAAUAUGAACGCAAAGAAUGUUGGAGAAGUGUUAAAUCUUUCCAUCGAUAUCACUCAUACGGUCAAAUUUACCUGAGCUAUCUGAUCAACUCCAAAACCCAUGAAAACAAAACAUGUCUCAUGCUAGCAUUCGAACAUCGGCCUCGUAUUCAUUUCUUCAAAGAACUCUUGCCAUACAUCAAUCGUACAUCGGCUAAUCUUGAAUACUACCGCUCCUGGUCGAAAGCCUAUGAACUUUUAAAAAAAUUUAUUCUGAUAAGAUAA